AUCCUCAAUCUCCGCCGCUUCUUCUCUCUCUCUCUCUCUCUCUAUCAAGCAACAGUACUACACCUUUUCUCUUUCUCUCUCUCUCUCUCUCUCACUCUGUGCGUGCAGUUUCCAUAUUUCCAUGGUCGAACGACGAAAGGCAGCGCCUUCCCCCCGCAACGAAUGCCUCGCAUGAGCCCUAAGAAGGCCUCCGUCAAAGACCCACCUCCGUUUUCCCUCGCUUUCCCGGCGGUUUCCCGGGAGAAUCAGCGGAGACCCCAGAUGGGUCGUCGGGUUCUCGCCCUCCUGACCGUCCCUCUGCUUCUGUGCCUCACUGCCUCGGCUCAGACCCAGCAGAGCGACGUCCUCGCAAUGCAAGCUCUCAAGAAGAGCCUGAAGCUCCCUUCUUCCCUCGACUGGUCCAACCCCGACCCGUGCCUGUGGGCCCAAGUCGGUUGCUCUGGUAACCGGGUGACCCGGAUCCAGAUAGGCAAUCUAGGCCUAACUGGGACUCUCCCUCUGGAGCUCCCCAACCUCACUUCUCUGGUGCGAUUCGAGGUCAUGCGUAACCAGCUCACCGGUGACCUGCCGAGUUUCGCCGGGUUGGCUCAGUUACAGGUGUUGCUUCUUCAUACCAACGCUUUCAGCUCCAUUCCUUCGGGUUUCUUCUCUGGUAUGUCAGCUUUGCAAGCGGUUGAUCUGAGCUAUAAUAACUUCGCUCCUUGGGCAAUUCCUGAUACCCUAAGAGAUUGCACCGCCCUUCAAAAUUUCAGUGCGAAUGGAGCGAAUGUGAACGGUAAAAUCCCCGAUUUUAUAAAUGAGCAAAAUUUUCCCGGUAUGAUCGAGCUUCAAUUGGCCCUGAACAACCUGGAAGGUGGGUUACCUUCGAGCUUUUCCGGGUCUCCGAUUCAGAUCCUCUGGCUGAAUGGGAAGAGUGGGAAUUCUAACCUCAACGGGACGAUCGACGUUAUAGCGAAUAUGACCGAGUUAGGACAGGUGUGGUUGCACGGUAACCAGUUCACGGGUCCCAUACCCGAUGUUUCGAAUUUGAAGAAUCUGUGGGAUUUCAGUGUGAGGGAUAAUCAGUUGACUGGCGUUGUCCCCGAGUCCCUGGUGAAGCUUCCUAGCCUUAAGGUUGUGAAUCUGACAAAUAAUUUGCUCCAGGGACCGACGCCUGCUUUUGAUAGUAAAGCUGUCCAGGUCGAUAUGGUGGGUGGAAAGAGCUUUUGCACGUCCUCACCGGGUACUCCUUGUGAUCCCAUAGUCAAUAUAUUGCUCUCCAUUGCUCAACCAAUGGGUUACCCUGUUAAAUUCGCUCAAGAUUGGCAAGGGAACGAUGCUUGUGAGUCAGGGAAUGCGUGGACAGGGAUUACAUGUUCUGGGGGCAACAUCACAGUUAUUAACUUCCAAAAUAUGGGUCUUUCUGGAACUAUUUCUCCUGAAUAUUCUCAGCUUACAUCACUGCAGCGGUUGUUACUGUCCAAGAAUAAUCUUACAGGUACAAUACCUGAUGAGCUUGUGAGACUGCCUAAUCUCAAAGAGUUGGACGUUUCCAACAACGAUUUGUCUGGUAACGUACCUACUUUUCGGAGAAAUGUGAAUAUAAUUACAGCUGGUAAUCGUAACAUUGGUAAAAACACUCCUGCACCUCCUGGCACUCCUGGAUCAGCCACUACUCCCCCAGGACCAGGUGGUGGAGGGAGCAUUUCUGACAAAAAGAAAUCCAGUAUUGCGAGGAUUGUGGUUCCUCUAGUUGGUGGUGCUUCUGUGAUUGCGCUGCUCGGUUUGCUCUUUUGGUAUAGAAAAAGGCCCAAGAGUUCUGGUAAAGUGCAAAGUCCAAACAAUGGAAUGGUUAUUCAUCCUCGACAUUCUGGCGACCAAAACGGUGUGAAGAUCACUGUUGCAGGAUCAAGUGCUAAUGGUGGUUCUAGCGAAAGCCACAGUCAAGGCAGUGGUGGGACCGGGGACAUUCAUGUGGUUGAAGCUGGGAAUAUGGUCAUUUCUAUUCAGGUCUUGAGGAAUGUAACGAACAACUUUAGUCAAGACAAUAUAUUGGGAAGAGGUGGUUUUGGGACUGUUUACAAGGGCGAACUACAUGAUGGGACAAAGAUUGCUGUCAAGAGGAUGGAGUCCAGCGUGAUUUCAGAGAAGGGCUUGAAUGAAUUCAUGUCUGAGAUUGCCGUUCUUACCAAGGUCAGGCACAGGCAUUUGGUUGCAUUGCUGGGGUAUUGCUUAGAAGGAAACGAGAGGCUUCUUGUUUACGAAUACAUGCCUCAGGGGACUCUCAGUAGACAUCUUUUCAACUGGAAAGAGGAAGGACUAAAGCCUCUUGAGUGGACAAGAAGACUCAGCAUUGCCUUGGAUGUUGCCAGAGGGGUCGAAUAUCUUCACGGUUUAGCUCAUCAGACCUUUAUUCAUCGUGAUCUUAAACCAUCAAAUAUACUGCUUGGGGAUGAUAUGCGGGCAAAAGUGUCAGAUUUCGGACUUGUACGUCUUGCCCCUGAGGGUAAAGGCUCCAUCGAAACCCGUCUUGCUGGAACUUUUGGGUAUCUUGCACCAGAAUAUGCUGUGACCGGACGGGUGACCACCAAAGUCGAUGUCUUCAGCUUCGGAGUGAUCCUUAUGGAGAUGAUCACGGGAAGAAGGGCUCUUGAUGAAACCCAGCCUGAGGACAGCGUCCACCUUGUGACAUGGUUCCGGAGAAUGCACCUCAACAAGGACACAUUCCGGAAAGCCAUCGACCCAAUCAUCAACCUCGACGAAGAAACGUUGGCAAGCAUAAGCACAAUCGCGGAGCUCGCAGGCCACUGCUGCGGGCGGGAACCCUACCAGAGGCCGGACAUGGGUCACACGGUUAGCGUGCUCUCGUCGCUCGUGGAGCUCUGGAAGCCAUCCGAGCCGGACUCCGAGGACAUUUAUGGGAUCGACCUGGAUAUGACCUUACCCCAAGCUCUCAAGAAGUGGCAGGCCUAUGAGGGAAAUAGCAACAUUGACGAAUCUUCUUCCUCAUAUUUAGCGAGCGGCGGGAGCACCCAGACGAGUAUUCCUAUGCGGCCGUCUGGGUUUGCCAGCUCAUUCACUUCGGCAGAUGGGAGAUGAAGGUAUGGGAGUUCUCGAAAGAAACUGAAAGUAAAACAGUAAAUGGGGGAGUUGGGGUCAUAUUGACGGUUCAUGGGGGUUUGCUUUGUUCCCUGCUAUCUGUUAAUUAUGAGAUCUUUGCUUCUUUCUUUCUUUCUCUGUUCUGGUAUGCGCCGUAGAGAUGAUCAUCCUAUGUCAGCUGGAACUUGAACGGCGAAAACUAUAAUUUAUGUGCAGGUUUUUCGGGUGUAGGACUUGAUUGUCGAACCGUUUUGCGUUGAAUGAGGCAGAUCCUGUGGAGCUCUGAAAUGUGUUGGACCGUGUGAUCCACAUUUUCUGGUGAUGAAUUCAGACAUUUUGGUCA